GGCCCAAACCAUUGGUGUGGAAGCCGGUUCCGGAAGCAGCACACACCUCCAGCUACUGUCGCUGUUGUGAAACGAACCACGUGUAGGAUUUCUUUCGUAUUUAACGAAGCAGAAAGUAUCUUAUUUAAAAUUGAUUCUUGUUCCUGUUUAACGAGGUUUUUCGGUCAAAUGUGAUGUAGUGGUGGCUGCAAACGACCCCGUCAUCGCCUGUAAAAGAUCAUCGUUUUAUGGACAGUCACGUCGUUUUUGUGGCCUCUGGAGAAGUGUAAAUAUGACUCCCGCCAACACGUUAGUGCCCAGACGUCUACUGCUUCCGUUUGGGAAAGCAUGCGCGCGCGUGCCCCCCUCCAGGCGGGUCCGGACCUCCAGCAGGUGCCUGGAUGUCAUGCCGGCCUGGGUCAUCGACAAAUACGGAAGCAAUGACGUCUUACGGUUCACACGGAAUGCUAGUUUUCCAUCCAUCACCUAUCCCAAUGAGGUGGUAGUCAAAGUGUUUGCUGCCGGGCUGAACCCCCUGGAUGUCAGCAUGAGAGGUGGUUAUGGUGCUGCCACUCUCUCCAUGAAGAGAGAUCCUCUGAGCAUCACAGUGUCAGGCGGGGAGUUCCCUCUCAUUCUGGGUAGGGAUGUGUCUGGGGUCAUCAUGGAGUGUGGCCUGGAGGUCAAAUACUUCCAAGAAAGAGAUGAGGUGUGGGCUGCCAUCCCGCCGUGGAAACAGGGCAGCUUGGCUGAAUUUGUGGUGCUAAGUGCAAAUGAGAUAUCUUGGAAACCAAAGUCUCUGAGUCACACAGAGGCAGCAGCCAUUCCUUACGUUGCAACCACUGCCUGGUCAGCUCUGGUUAACACAGGCGGACUCCGCAAGGAGAACUGUGGCAACAAACGGAUUUUGAUACUUGGAGGUUCUGGCGGUGUGGGGACAUUUGCAAUACAGCUUCUGAAGGCCUGGGGAGCCCAUGUGACAGUCACCUGCUCCCAGAAUGCCGAGCAGUUUGUGAGAGGGCUGGGAGCAGACCACGCUGUAGACUACACAGACGGACCUGUUGAAGUCUCGCUCUCUGCGCUAGAAAAAUUUGACCUGAUCCUGGAUAAUGUUGGGGGGGACACGGAGCGCUGGGCACUCGGCCUGUUGAAGCCUUGGAGUGGAUCGAAGUAUGUCACCCUUGUGACACCCUUCAUGCAGAACACUGACAGGCUGGGGGUGGCUGAUGGCAUGAUGCAGACUGCAGCUACAGUGGCCUCCAAAGCCCUGAAGCACCUCCUCAAAGGAGUUCACUACCGCUGGGGAUUCUUUGCACCGAGUGGUCCUGCACUGGAUGAAGUCAGAGACCUGGUUGAGAAAGGACAGAUCCGGGCUGUGGUGGAGGAGACCUUCAGCUUCUCCCAAGUUCCUCAGGCCUUUGAGAAGCUGGAGAAGGGCCAUGCUAGAGGAAAGACUGUGGUCCAGGUCAGCACAGGGGGAUCAUGACGUCCAGCAUUGACCCUUGAAGAGUGCUGCAUUGGAGAUGCAGUCAUGUAGAAGAGCAUGCUGAUGUGUUAUCGUUCCUUUUCUUGUCAUUGCUGUAGAUUUUCUAAAAUCCAUUGUUGUACAGUUGCAGAACUGAACAGAUGCUGUAACUUUUUACUGUUUCCUGGACGACAAAGAUAAACAAGCUUCUCUGA